AUGCUCGUUCUGAUUGCUGGAGUCUCAGGCAAUCUUGGCCAACGCCUAGCUUCCGCAGCCCUGGCACGCGGUCUGCAGGUUAGGGGUCUGGGUCGUAAGCCCCAGAGUCUCGACCCUGAGCUGCUCAACAGCCUCGAGUCCUUCGUCCAGAGUGACUCCUAUUAUGACAUUCCAGCCAUCGAAAAGGCUAUGUCGGGUGUUGACUCCGUCAUCUCCGCUUACUCGUCGUCCGCCAUCCUCGACCUGGACGGCAACCUCCUCCUUCUGCGUGCCGCUGAGCGAGCCCAAAUCAAGGUCUUCGUUGCAUCUUCUUGGAACAACGACUGGACAAACAUCGAUUUCGGCGAUUUUGAAAAUUACGACGCUCACAUCGCCUUCGAGAAGCAUGCCGCAUUGAGCAGUGCCAUCAAGCCUGUUUACUUCUUCACUGGCAUAUUCGCCGACCUUGUCUACUCCCCGUACGGUCCGGGAGGCUUCGAGCUAGUGAACGGCAAGGCGAAGAUGUCUUAUUGGGGCAAUGGAAACGAUGUGAAAUACCCUUGGUCCACCGUGGAGGAUAUUGCAGCAUGGACCAUCGAAAUCUUGAUCAACGGGAAGGGUGUCCAAGAAGGUAAGGGAGGUUUCUUCCGCUUCUGCUCCGGUGAGAACACUGUCGAGGAAUUUGCAGCAAUCUAUGAGAAGUGUACCGGGACCACGGUCGAGGUUGUCAACGAAGGAAGACUGGAGGACCUUGAGGCUGAGGCCGCUUGGUUUGAAUACUUGCCGAAGGCUGCCAUUAUUUUGGGGAGCAAAGGAUUCUGGAACUGGAAGGAGAGAGAGGUUUUGGAUCAUGUGAAGGCUCCCACCUCUUUGGAAUCAUGGUUGAAGACACAGAGGAAGUAG